UAAUUUGUUUGUCUGCUACCGGGAUUGAAAUACAAGGGUGGAAUUGUGCGCGAAUUUGUUUUGGCUUCUCAUGGUUUCCGUUACCGUUGUCCAUAUUCACAUUUAAAAUUUGCGAAAAAAAUGAGUUCAGAUCUCGAAUUACCAGCCGAGUUGAUGAGUCGGCCAUUGGCAUUAGUGGGGCUGACGGGACUGCAUGUAGAAACGAAUCAGACUCACCUGCUAAUAUGGAAUUCGUUCACGUCAUCCAAUCGAAACGAGCGGCCUCCUCUCAAUUUCAUUCUUUUUGGAGUCAAUCACACAUUCCCCGUGGCAAAACCUGAUAGAGCAUCAUAUGAAUGGUACAUUCCUAAAGGCAUCCUCAAGAGGAAAUGGAUGUCAAAGCACCUGAAUCAAAUACCAGGUGUCUUAGUCCUCUUCUACGAUUUAGAAUGGGAAGACCCUUCUUGGAAGGCCAAGCAUGCAGAAUGUGCCCAUCUCAUCCAGACAAUACGCAUGAAACUUAUGGGAAGGGGUACCAAGCUCUGCCUAGUCCUUUUGCAGAAUAGUGCUCCAUUGCCUUCCAGUGAAGAUAUUUUGGCAGCAGAUAGGGCUGCAGCUCUGUGUCAAGUUUGUGAAUUGCCGCCCAAAUCACUUUUCGUCCUUCCUUGUCGAAGUGAUCAUCUGCAAGGAUACACUCUGAGAUUGGAGAGUGCAUUUUAUGAACUUUGUCAAAGUAGUUACCACUUGUCGUCACGCGCAAUUCGCUCCCACCGUGACCAAUUGAACCGUACCAAUCACGGCUACCUGUUCGUUCGGCAUCAAUUUAAAAUCGGAUUUUAUCACGAGCUUAAGCAGGAUGUUGCAAUGGCGCACAAGCACUACAGUCAAUCAUACGCGCAUUUGCUCGAACUGCGCAUCACCGAUGCCAAUGUUACCGAAGUAAAGAUUGUUUCUGGCUACAUUGGCUACAAAGUUUGGCGGCUGUCGUUCUUGUUGAAUCUACCCCGCGAAGCAAUUGCCCAUUUCCGAAGCCACAUGGACUUUUUCCGGCUGCGGGUCGGCAAUCCUUUGAGUAAAUUUGAGCAUCACGCUUGGCUGGCUGCACAAUUUUCGACAUUUGGCCGAUUGUUUGAAGAUGCGAUUGAGCUAGGAUUACCGGCAAUUCAGACUCAGCAUCCUGGUUUCUUCUAUCAACAGGCAGCACAGCAAGCUAUUCAAAGGAAAAAGGCCUGCUAUCAAGAUUAUGCUGCCCUCGAGCAAACUGCCAUUAAUAAUUUAACUCCGUUACCUUUUGGAGAAGCGUCACAACUUGAAUUUUAUGGUCAGAGGCCAUGGCGACCGAAUCGCUUAAGUCUUGAACCAUCCGACAUGAAAACAGAAAAUGAUGGGAUCACUGCGUUACUAGUCCGUGAACGUCUUCAAGUUGAUCUCACGGCAAUGAUCGUAGGAGCUCUUACAAACGCAGUAAACCAGUUUAAAAAUCACCGUUCUCCUCGGAUGAAGCAAUAUCUGUUGGUUCAAAUGGCGGAGGAAUAUUGUCGCUCGGAAAACUAUAUGGAAGCCUUGACUCUGCUUGAGCCUUUGCUUUGGGAUUACCGCAAAGAUUUCUGGUGGAUGCCAUUAACGUCGUUGCUCCAGCUCGGCUUACGCUGCGCCUACCUUUCCGGUCGACCUGCCGAAUAUUUUACUUAUGCCGUAGAACUGUGUUCUCGGGUUACUAUCAAAAGUCUAGAAGAAAAGACGCAUGUUUUCGACAAUCUUGUCGGAAUCCUUCAGAAAAGAAUGCCACCAUCGCCGCCCGAUUCAUGUGACUAUUCAUCGGCCACUCAGCUAUGGGCUGAUCAGUUCGCCAGUUUGGCUAAAGGCGCCUGCAUUACCACAAUCGUUACCAACACGAUUUCGUCGUUUGUUGAAGUCAAAGCCACUUUCACUCAAAAGCAAUUUGCUGCGGAAGAUGUUGUCGAGCUCGAAGUUCACGUCAUUUACACGGGGCCCAAACCGAUCAGGUUCACCAGUUUACAUGUGGCUCUCAAUAACAGUGCUUAUUUACCGUUUUGUCAAGUGAAAAAUUCGGAUGAGUUGGAGUUUGAACCCAACCAGAUUCGCCACUACGAGUUUGAAUUCGUUGCCCAGGCCCAAGAUAUUGGAACAGAACUUCAGAUCGUUUCAGUCACUUUUGAAAUGGGCGAUGAACUUACGGCCUAUUUGAGGUGCGAGGGAUCAUCCAGUGAAGAAUUUAGCCCGUUGCGUUCAGAAUUUCCUUCGGCUACGGAGAAAGGCCUUGCGGGCAUAUUUGUGUUGAACACGACCGAAAUCUUACCGAGGACUGCAAACGUCGAGCUAGUAGUGCAUCACGAGGCGCCAGCUCUUCGGGGUGAAUGCUACCCACUUCAUCUGGAAUUGUUCAAUCGCGAGAAUGAAGAUAUUAUCAACGUCACUCUGACCGUAACGACUAGCAGCAGCAACGGAAGAGUUCACGAUCAGCCCAAAAUCGAUGGCAACGUGUCAGCGCAGCUAAAGAACGAGAAACUUACCGCAGGGCAAACGUGUCAGUGGAACGUCUUCGCUCAGAUGGAACAACCCGGAAAUCAUUGUAUCACGUUCCAGGUGAAUUACGAAAUCAACAGUGAGAUGCGUAAGAAUGGCUGCACGUACAAGAGCCAAUACGUCAAAACAUUGGAACUAGAAACGGUGCAACCUGUUGAAUGCGAAGCCCAGUUCCAGACGAUUCAGUUCCAGCCAUUGAGGCAGAUUCCUGUAGGUGAAGAAUGCGUCGCCGUGAUGACGGUAACUAAUCUGUCGCCCUUUCCGUUGCAAUUCGAACAAGGCGUUUGGAAAUUUGACACUUUGCUGACCAAUCAUCCAAUGGGCAAUAGUCAACUCGCUGGACUGAUACUUCAGAAAGGUGAAAAGGCAAAUGAUGUAGCCGUUCUCUCACUUGAUAAUGGUGACAAUCGCCAGAUCAGAACGGGAUCCUACACACUAAAAUGGAAAAGGUCAAAUCAAUCGAAAGUGGAGGGAUACAAAAUCCCGUAUUCUGCCAGUUCAUUUGAUUUACCCGAAAUGGAAACCUGGUCUGUGCCCUUACGUAUUCACGUCACAUUACCUGCUCACGGGUACGUACGAGAAUCGAUGAAUAUGACCAUCGUCAUUCAUAACCCAGGACCCAGCUACAUUGAACUUGACGUCUACAUGAGUUCUAACGACGCCUUCAUGUUCGCCGGAAACAAACAGAUCAAGAUUCAAAUCUAUCCCGAGGAUGAUUAUGUACUCAAGUACAACUUGUAUCCGCUAUUGUCUGGUUUUGUUGCAUUGCCUCCGCUGCAAUUAAAAACCCCAACUUCAACGAUGGAUCAGGUGGUGGCCAUGGAUCAGAGUGUCCUGGAUGAGCUGGUCAGCCGUUAUGUUCCCACCCACAUCUACGUUUUGCCACAAGCCAAGGAGAAGGGCAAAACAAAUCUGUUACGUUCCGAAUAAUAAACAAUAUUAAUGUUAAACAAAUUGUGAUCUACGGAAAGAUCAAAUAUAUGACGACAUCUUAUCUAUAUAUAUUUAAAAACAAAA